AAGUUCGGUGAGUAAUUUAUUACCCAAUAUCCUCGCUAAUUACACAAAACGUCACGCGUGGAAAUACGAAGAAUUUUUACCCCGACGGUGACGCCCCUAGUGACGAAAUCACGAAUCGAUGGGGGUAGCGGAGGAGAAAGACGAGUGACAGUGGCGUAUUAUUUACGCUUCAUUUCUCGUAAUCGGACUUAACCUCGCGUUGCGUUUUUACAUGUUCCGUUGAUUCGUCAUCGUCCGUCGAUCAAACAUGAACUUUUUCAAGUGCCAAUCGAGCCUGACGCCUUUACUCAACGGCCUGUUGCUCUGCCUCUUGAUGUUCGCCUUCCUCGUCCAAGGUAUGGCUCACGUCGGACAGAAAUGUUUUCUAAGCAACUUUUGUAGGGGGAAAAAUACGUAUUGCGAUAACGACAGUAUCUGUCGAUGUCUUCCGGACUUUCCGGUCCUAGUUUCGCCACACAACUGUAGAAAACCUCGCAAGUAUGGUGCCAAGUGUGAGUUUCCAGAGGAGUGUAGCUACCACGACAAGAAUUCCUAUUGUACGCAGUGGCCCUACCGCAGCAUCUGUGAAUGUCUAAAUGAUUAUAUUUAUAACAAAGAAAAAGAAAUAUGUGUAAAAGUAAUGUCUACCAGAGAAGACCGGCAGAGUCUCGUCCUGCCAACGAUACUCGGAAUUUCACUGGCAGCGGCCUGCAUCAUGUGUUGUUGCCUGGCCCUUUGGCAGUUUUGUCUCAGCCGCCAGUCUCGAGAAGAUAACAGAUUUUUAAGAAGAUUCAGAAGAAACAGACAGGAAAACACCACAAACGAAAACGAGAGGGAUGUUCCAUCUCGUUACGACGAUGCUCUUCCUCCUUACGAAAUGAUUAUCAGAGAGAAUCAGAUGCAUUCUUCGGUGGAUGAACUGCCACCCAGUUACAACGAAGUAAUGAAACAGGUGGAAAUGGAAAUCAAGCCUAAAUAAAUUACCAAAGGAAAUGUAUAUGGCAAACCAAGAAACAAAGUACAAUAUAUUGUAAACUAUUUUGUAGUAAUGUACGCUCAUUGUAUAUACUUACGUAGCUUAUGUAAUUUUUCCAUGAGAGCGUUUCCAUGGUGUGACUUUGGUCUCUCUUAGAGACAUUUCGGUCAAAGACGCCAUACUUUCCAUGGCACGCAGUCCUGUGCAUAUUUAGAUUUUUCCGAAGAGAUGCACGAGCACCUUUCGAUUCAAACAUCGUAAGUGAUGCUUAAGUAUGCUCCAACCUUGCGAAUAUGCCAAAUCAAUUUAAUAUUUGGCAAGGAGACCAAAUUCUAUAUAGGGUUAUUUAGGGUGUCUCAUUUUAAUCUUGUGUAUUAUUGCCCUCUAAAAAAACACACCAGUGCAAUUAUUAUGGGGUAUUUUCGAAAGAAAUGUUAUAGCUCCUACCUUGCGAGAUAGAAGGAAAUCGUUUUGUUUGUAUAGAAGAGUGAAAAACCAAGUAUGAGACAGCUAUUUUCAUUUACUGACCUGUGAUAAGAGAUUAUUUCUUCCAAAAAAAUCCAAAUCGUUUACCAUUGUUAAUGUUGUGAAACAACACAAAACUCUAUAGUAUAAAUGUGAAUCGAAGAUCUGGAAAAUCAAACACCGUUUUAAUUAGAGGUGUUUAAUUCUUUGCCAAAUUUUAUCCAACUUUGUACACUUUUAGAGUGCAAUACUCCAUUUCUAAUUUUUAACAUAGUAAUGUAAAGUGUUGUGUAACAUAAAGGAUAUUUUUAGAACUUUUAUAUAUCUAAACACUGAGAUGUUAAACAAAUUCUGAAAAUUUUAUAACUCGAAAAGAGUUACGCUUUCUCGCCUAGAUUGAGACUCUAGCGUGCCAUUGCGGGCAGAAUCUUGCAUUUUUUGUAACAAAGAAAAUGGAACCGUCUUUGCCAAAUUUGACGACUGUAAACUUUUCAUAUAUGUCAUUAAAAGUUUUAUUUUCUA